AUGAGCCCUCCUGCAGCAGCGACCGACUACGGCGUCCUCUACAAGCCUACCAAACCGGCGGAGCUCCUUUCUGCUGACCGUCUUCACAGCAUUUGCCAAGCCCAUGAUAUUCGCUACAUCCGCGUACAAUGGGUUGAUCUGGUCAACACCGUUCGAUUUCGCGUCCUCCCCAGGAAGUACUUCGUCAAGCUACUGAGCUCGUCGCGCCCAGGAGUGUGUCUCGCCAAAACCACCCUCGGGAUCAUAGGUUGCAGCUCCGUACCUGGCUUCUCUGGGACCGGCGAAUAUCUCUAUGUCCCCGAUCUCAGCAGCUUCCGUAUCUGCCCUUAUGCACCUGGACACGCCUCCGUUAUGGGAUGGUUCCAGGAGAAGACCGCCGCUCCAAAUGCCGGCCUUACCGUAGAUUUAUGUCCGAGAACGCUGUUGAACAGGAUCGUUGAAGAAGCGCUCGCAAAGGCUGGACUUGCGUUCUUGGCUGGCUUCGAGUCUGAAUUUAUCCUACUGAAAGCAACCUCACCCACGCCGAUUGCCGUCAACAAUGCAGACUGGUCCUGCUCAUCCAAGUUCCCUUCAGGCUCUGUUGAAGCAAAGGUGCUCGAGGAGAUCGCCCAUGAUCUCUUGGAAGGCGGGAUCGAGUUGCAAAUGUACCACGCGGAGGCUGCUCCGGGUCAAUAUGAAGUAGUCACAGGUCCUCUCGCUCCGCUGGAAGCCGCGGAUGCUGUCGUCUUCACACGGGAGACCAUCUACAACGUUGCAGCCAAGCACGGUCUGCGAGCAACAUUUGCUCCCCGUUUGCACUCUGAUAAUUGCGGUAGUGGCGCGCAUAUGCACCUUUCCAUGCACUCCUCCCGUAUGCACCCACCGCCAGUGCGCCCCGACACCGACGCGUCGCUCGCACCGACGCUCACUCUCACCGAGCGCUCCUUCCUCCAAUCGUGGAUCACGCACCUGCCGGCGCUCUGCGCACUCACACUGCCAACCGCUGCGUCCUACGCACGCGUGCUCGACGGGAUCUGGUCCGGCGGCACGUACGCCUGCUGGGGCACCGACAAUCGUGAGACACCCAUUCGCCUCUGCGGGCCGCCGCACCAUCACCACUUUGAGAUGAAGUGCGGUGACGCUACGGCCAACCCGUACCUCGUUCUCGCGGGCGUUAUCGCUGUCGGCGUCCACGGCAUCUUGGACGGCGCGCUGCUUUCGGUGGGCGAUUGUCUCAAGCCCGUGUUCCAGAUGGACGAGGGAGAGCGGCGCGCAGUCGGAUUGGAUAAUCCGGGUAGGCUUCCAGGGACUAUCGCCGAUGCGCGGAAGUUGCUUGCCCAGGAUGAGGUACUUGGAGCCGCACUAGGGGAAGGCUUUGUUGAGAAGUAUCUUGUAGUCAAUGAAGAAUUGGAGACUUUCCUGAAGGCAGAAACCGAGCAGGCCACGGUUACCCGCUUAUUGGAAUAUUACUAG